AUGGCUGACUCUAAUCUAUUCAAAGCAACCUAUAAAUACGGUGAGGCUGAAGCAGCAGGAGAAAAAUGGCAAAAAUGGCUAGACGACCCAAGCGACGACUCAUGCAUUAUAACGCCCAUCCGCCUUUCAAUGUCAAUGCUGCGAUUCAAUUAUGGUUGGUACAUUUUCAAUGGAAGUUUCCCCCUAGACAUCAAUGAUGCUUCCCGCUACUACCCACCCAGCAAUCUCAAGCUCAUGCUCCGAUCUCGUCAUCUUUCAACCGGGCGCAAAUACACCCGAGUAGUCCUUAGGCAACGACGCCGGUCGUCAAAGUCAGGCUGCGGCACAACACGAAAUGAUUACGUUCUACAAACAGGACCAGGCGUGAUCUGCGCCCUGGACAGCCGUCGUAUCGACGGACCUCAUUGGUCUGACAUUGCUAUCGCCACAUACCGAAAGUACGAGACUGAGGAUCUCCGGUAUGUAUUUCGAGUUAAUGUGAAUAACCCUGUGACCACGGCGACUGUUUGUGAUAUCUACCUCCAAAAUGGCCUUCCGGCGCCCGAUGCACGGUGCCGGGCUUGGUGUCAUGGUACGCCGGAGUAUCAGGCAAUCUUAUCAACGCCAAAUGCUAGAGGGGUUUCAGCUUUGGUUUUGGGAGGAUUCGAGCGAGGAACGAAAUGGAUUCCGACUAUCAUCACCUGGGCUGACACGACUUACGCCUGUUCGUAUCUUCAGAUUGUCUUUGUCAUUCGUCCUAGGUAA